AUGGCAUGGUCUAAGCAAGUGACCAUCUUGGUGGUUUGGUGUUUCUUGCUCCGGUAUUUUCUAGUUGGAAGUAAUCCUGCAGAAACCAAAUACCGUGUUUUGAAAAUAGAUCGCACUGAACCAAAGGAUUUGGUUAUAAUUGAUGAUAAGCAUGUGUAUACACAACAAGAGGUGAGGGAACUUCUUGGCCGUUUAGACCUGGGAAACAGAACAAAGAUUGGGCAGAAGGGCUCUUCUGGGUUAUCUCGAGCUGUCUCUGCUUUUGGUGUAGUAGGUUUUGUCAGAUUUUUAGAGGGCUACUAUAUUGUGUUAAUAACAAAAAGAAGAAAAAUGGCAGAUAUUGGAGGUCAUGCUAUAUAUAAAAUAGAAGAUACAAAUAUGAUCUACAUUCCAAAUGACUCUGUAAGAGUCACUCAUCCUGAUGAAGCCAGGUAUCUGAGAAUCUUUCAAAAUGUGGACCUUUCUAGCAACUUCUAUUUUAGUUACAGCUAUGAUCUAUCUCACUCCCUUCAGUAUAAUCUUACUGUCCUGAGAAUGCCACUUGAGACAUUAAAAACUGAAACAACUCAAACCCGACAAGAGAGUUUUGAUAUAUUUGAAGAUGAAGGACUUUCAACACAGGGUGGAAGUGGUGUGUUUGGGAUUUGCAGUAAGCCUUACGAAAAAUAUGUGUGGAAUGGCAAGCUUCUUGAUGCAGUAAAAAAUACUAUUCAUCGUGACUGGCUGCUGUAUAUUAUUCACGGAUUCUGUGGGCAAUCAAAACUGUUAAUAUACGGUCGCCCUAUAUAUGUCACUCUGAUAGCCAGAAGAUCAAGCAAAUUUGCUGGAACACGUUUUCUGAAACGAGGAGCAAACUGUGAGGGAGAUGUUGCUAAUGAAGUGGAAACUGAACAAAUACUUUAUGAUGCUUCAGUUAUGUCAUUUUCUGCGGGGAGUUAUUCUUCCUACGUUCAGGUUCGAGGAUCUGUCCCUCUGUACUGGUCUCAAGAUAUUUCAACUAUGAUGCCUAAGCCACCCAUAACAUUGGACCAAGCAGAUCCUUUUGCACAUGUUGCUGCUCUUCACUUUGACCAAAUGCUUCAGAGAUUUGGCUCUCCCAUUAUUAUUUUGAAUCUUGUGAAGGAACGUGAAAAAAGAAAGCAUGAAAGGAUUCUUAGUGAAGAACUUGUUGCUGCUGUGACGUAUCUCAACCAGUUUUUACCCCCAGAGCAUGCAAUUAUAUAUAUACCCUGGGAUAUGGCCAAAUACACAAAAAGCAAACUUUGCAAUGUCCUUGAUAGACUGAAUGUGAUUGCAGAAAGUGUAGUAAAGAAGACUGGAUUUUUUGUAAAUCGACCUGAUUCCUACUGCAGUAUCUUGCGGCCAGACGAAAAGUGGAAAGAACUGGGAGGUUAUGUUGUUUCCACUGGUCGCUUGCAGACUGGAGUUCUCCGAACCAAUUGUGUGGACUGUUUAGAUCGCACUAACACAGCCCAGUUUAUGGUGGGAAAAUGUGCUUUGGCAUACCAACUCUAUUCAUUGGGAUUGAUUGAUAAACCAAAUUUACAAUUUGAUACAGAUGCUGUUAGAUUAUUUGAAGAAUUAUAUGAAGAUCAUGGAGACACGCUUUCUCUGCAAUACGGAGGUUCUCAGCUUGUCCACAGAGUAAAAACCUAUAGAAAGAUAGCUCCAUGGACUCAGCAUUCCAAAGAUAUUAUGCAAACACUCUCAAGAUAUUAUAGUAACGCUUUCUCAG